CUGCGUUUUCGGCGGGAAACGGGAACGGGACAGUUGCUUUCUUCAUUGAGUAAUCUAAAUAAUUAAUACGAAGUGGUGUUUUGUGGUUAAUGAUCGCAUUAAGUUAGUCAGAAGACAUUCGCGAGUGUUAUUAUAUUGGAGUAUUCAAUAAACAAAGUGUAUCUGCCUAUUUUCGCUUCGUGCUGGGAAGCCGCUUCAUAACUCAAAAGUUUAUGCGGACUUUUGAGUUAAUUCGUUUGGGGUUCGGAGUAGGAGUCUACUCCGAGGGUGGGGGCUUAGGUUUCAUCAUCAUCACCUUUCAUCAUUUCAUUAAUCAUCAAGAAAAAAAAUACGUCAGACAUGGCUGUAUGGGCAUAGUUCCCUUUGCCUUACCCUUCGGGGAAAACCAAAACAAAAAAAAAAAAAAAAAAGAACAACUGCUGCGAAAAAUACAGUAAAAGUAAAAUUCUAUUUACAAAAUAAUUAUGAGGGUCAAGACACAUGCUGGGAAGUGGAAGUGUGGGGAAUGUGGUAAAGAAUUUAAGUACGAGAGCGAGAGACGAAGACACGAACAGAGUCAUGAACCGAGGUUCGAGUGUAAGGUUUGCGCGAAGAAGUUUAGUUUUCUUUCUGCUGUUCGGCGACACGAGAAGCAACAUGAGAGGGGCGCCAGUGUGCACUGCACUAAAUGUGAUGGAAAGUUUAGAGACGAAAUACUACUGAAAAGGCACAUGCAGUAUGCACAUAAAGGGAUAUACACAUGCACUAAAUGUGACACAGUAUUCAAUAGUGAUGCAGCACUACGCAUACAUAUGAAGAUGCAUAAACCAGAGGCUGAGAGGAAGUACCACUGUAGUCACGGAGGUUGUGAUAAGUCUUUCAACUUUGCUCAUCAUUUGAAGCACCACGAACUUACCCACACCGAUUCCAAACAGCAUUUCUGUAAUGAGUGUGGUAAAGGUUUUAUUCAACUACAUCAUUUAAAGGUCCAUCAAAGGAAACACAAACCGGACUGCUGGCUUGCAUGCACUGAACUUAAUUGUAACAAACAAUUUGCAAAUGAAUAUGCUUUAAAGAGACAUAUUGCCACACACAAAAAUAAAAUCCGACCUAGAGCAUCUUCUAGAUCAAGCAGUGUGGAAUGUAAACAGAUAGAGUUAAAAGUCAGAGAUUUGGUGUUACAUACAAACCAGCAUAUUUCCCGCAAUAUUCAGAAAGACAAAAUAAAUUGCUUUUCUACAAUAGACCCCACAGCAGAAGUUGAUACAAAAUUAACACCUCAGAUUGAAGAUAUUAGACUUUUAAGUCAAACUGAAGAAUUUAAACGGAAAGAGGCUUUUGUAAAUGACAUGGGCGAUGAGGAUACUGUUAUAUUUGAUUGUAAGUCUGUAUUAGGCUGUUGUAUAGUAACAGGGGAUUCUGAUACAAAUGAUAAAUGUAUUUGUGCUCAAAUACCGAAAACUGGUAUUGCAGAUCAAGAUUACGACUUGAUUCCCAGAAAUCGUAAUGUCACAAUAACUCUGAAUGACGAUUUGAAAUGCGAUAAACUAAAAAAUGUACCCAAUGCGUGCGAUAGCUGCGAAUGUGCAAGCGUGUGCGGAAUGAAAACUAAGAAUUCAGUUACAGAACCGAUGCCAGAGUUAGAGAACAGAAAUGAUGGUAUUGUUAAAAUUAAAGAAACAUUUGACGCCGAUAUAGCCAGUUUGCGAAUAGACGAAGAAAUUGAAAGUGAAUAUAAAACGGCAUUCAAAGAUUUUAAUUCUGUGGCCGUAAAUACGUGUAAAGAUGUUCUAGGAAAUUGUAUCGUUAGUGGUAAUGGUACCAUUGGCGAGGGGUGUCUCUGUGCAAAGAUGACAGCGACUGAUCAGCAAAUGAUGGCCCAGGAGAUAGAGGACAUCACGCCAUGUCCAAAGGAAACCUGGUUGACUCAACGUCUGUGAUAUUAUGUACUUCAAUGCAAUAAGAGUGCUUAUAAUUGGUACUUAAGGUAGUAAAUGUUUAGUUGGUUUAUUAUUUUAUUGUAAUUAGACUGGAAAAUAUUGUACUUGGAUAAGAAGUCAAAGAAAACAUUUAUUAUUAACUUUAAAUUUAUUUACAACGUAAUUCUUUACAAUUUCAACCAUAUUAUACAAAAUAUAAUCUUAGUUAACAAGGACUACUAAUUAUUAUUUUACAAUCAGACCUCACUUCUGCGUAUCACUAAGUUAAAAUAUUUAAUACGAAUUGGAAUGUAUAUAAUAUUUUAUGUGUAAAAUAUCAUUAUCACAUACGGCAUGGCAGAAAACGAUGUUUCAUCACAAGAAAAUAUUCUUUCAUACAUAAACAUUGUUCAUAUUUUCUAUCACAUCAUUUCAAAUAAGUGCCCGAUUCGAAAAGAACAUUUUUGAUGUAGUAAUCCUAACACGUAUUUCGCUAUGGUAACAAUUUAAAAGUAGGACUUUACGUAUUCUCCUGCGAAGGAUAUUAACAUUAAAUUAUACGUAGAAUAUCUACGAGAAGUUGUUACAUUUUGGACUCAGUUAAUUUAUACUCUUUACACAUUUGUAGUAAUAAAUAAUCUAAAACUCUCGA